CUUGCUCGUGAGGAGGACGGGUCGAACCGUCGAAGAGCCUCUCAGUCUCUCGUCCUUCUUUGGCGAUGCCCGGUUGAGAUGAGAACUCACCGGCGAUCCUAGGCAACGCCAUUCGUUCCGGCCGCUUCUCCGAACUGUGACCCGAUUUUUCUCGUCCUCAAACUCUUGAACUUUUAACCCAGCUCGGAAAGGAGAACAGGGAGUUCGAGGAGGCUUAUAGACGUCGGUGAUCUGAUCAAAACCGGAUUGGAGGAUCGAACCCCAAUUGUUAGACACUUCUGAGUAAGCACUGAUCAUCCAUGUGAUGAUUUGGUUAUCACGUUUGGACUAAAGAUAUUGGCAAAUAUUGAUCCCUAGUCUAUAAGGCAUCACUUUAGUUGUUGAAGUUAUUUCAUAGGGGCGAGAAAGACACCUAGUGCGCAACUAUGCCAUAUCGUUUGCUCCAAAUUGGUUGUAUGAGAGAGACCUGACCUACAUUCCCUGCUUCACUGGUUUGCUAGGCUGACACAACAGUGGAGGUCCACAGUCUCCAUCAUCCAACAAUGGACAAGUCCAGUGCUCUAGAAUAUAUCAACCAAAUGUUCCCAACAGAGGCUUCAUUAUCUGGAGUAGAGCCACUCAUUCAGAAGCUGCGCUGUGAGAUUCAUCGCGUGGAUGCUGAAAUAUUGGCGGCUGUUAGGCAACAGAGUAGCUCAGGAACAAAAGCAAAGGAAGACUUGGCUGCUGCAACUCAAGCUGUUAAAGAACUUAUGUACAAGAUUGGGGAAAUCAAAGGCAAGGCUGAGCAAAGUGAAAAGAUGGUACAAGAAAUUUGUCGUGACAUCAAAAAGCUUGACUUUGCGAAAAAACAUAUUACAACAACUAUUACUGCUCUGCAUCGUCUCACUAUGUUAGUUUCAGCUGUGGAACAACUACAAGUGCUGGCUUCCAAGAGGCAGUAUAAGGAAGCAGCUGCUCAAUUGGAGGCUGCAAACCAGCUGUGCAGUCAUUUUGAGGCUUACAGAGAUGUGCCAAAAAUCACUGAACUGAGAGAAAAGUUCAGAAGCAUCAAACAAAUACUCAAAUCACAUAUCUUCUCUGAUUUCUCUAGUUUAGGGACAGUGAGGCUUAAGGAGGAUGGUAGCUUAAUCCAGCAGUUAGCUGAUGCUUGCUUGGUGGUUGAUGCUUUGGAGCCAUCAGUAAGGGAAGAGCUAGUCAAAACAGUUUGCCAUAAGGAACUAGCAGCAUAUGAGCAAAUUUUUGAAGGCACAGAGCUAGCAAAGCUGGACAAAGUAGAGAGAAGGUAUGCAUGGAUUAAGCGUCAACUGCGUGCUAAUGAGGAUAUCUGGAAGAUUUUUCCACAAGCAUGGCAUGUACAAUACUUGCUAUGCAUACAGUUUUGCAAGGUGACAAGAACACAACUUGUGGAAAUUUUUAGCAAUCUUAAAGAGAAACCAGAUGUUGGUGUCCUGUUGCCUGCUCUUCAUAAAACUCUUGAGUUUGAGGAGGAAUUGGCUGAGAAGUUUGGUGGAGGAAAGACCAGCUCAAACAAAGAAAUUGGAACGGACUCUGAGGAAACUGAUAAUCAGAAAGGAGAGAAUGGUAGCCAGACAGUGCUGGAUAUACGCAAAAAGUAUGAGAAGAAGUUAGCUGUGCACAAUGGGAGUGGAAAUGAUUCUGAGAGCGAGAAUUCCGCGGACUUGUCUGUGACUGCAGCAGGGUUCAAUUUUCGUGGAAUAAUUUCAUCUUGUUUCGAAGCCCAUUUAACCGUGUAUGUUGAGUUGGAGGAAAAAACCCUUAUGGAAAAUUUGGAGAAACUUAUACAGGACGAAACUUGGGAAACUGAGGAGGGCAGUCAAACUAAUGUUCUCUCAAGUAGCAUGCAAGUAUUUCUGAUAAUAAGGAGGAGCUUGAAGCGCUGCAGUGCAUUGACCAAGAAUGAGACAUUGUUUAAUUUAUUUAAGGUAUUUCAAAAGAUCCUGAAGGCAUAUGCAACAAAACUUUCUAUUAGAUUGCCUAAGGGUGGUACAGGAAUUGUUGCAGCUGCAACUGGCACAGAUGGGCAGAUCAAGGUGUCUGACAGGGACGAGAGGGUGAUAUGCUAUAUUGUGAAUACAGCAGAAUACUGUCAUAAAACCUCUGGUGAACUUGCUGACAGCAUUGGAAAGAUUAUUGACUCACAAUUUGUGGAGGCCGUGGAUAUGUCAGAGGUUCAGGAUGAGUUCUCAGCUGUAAUCACCAAAUCAUUGAUGACACUAGUUCAAGGUUUGGAAACCAAAUUUGAAGCUGAAAUGGCUGCUAUGACACGAGUUGCUUGGGGAACAAUUGAAAGUGUUGGUGAUCAGUCAGAGUAUGUCAAUGGAAUCAAUGCAAUUCUUACAACGAGUAUUCCAGUGCUUGGAAGCCUGCUUUCUCCUAUAUACUUUCAAUUUUUCUUGGACAAGUUGGCUGCAUCUUUGGGCCCACGCUUCUAUGAAAACAUAUACAAGUGCAAGCAGAUAUCAGAAACUGGAGCUCAGCAGAUGCUGCUAGAUACACAGGCAGUGAAGACAAUUCUGUUGGAAAUCCCUACUCUCGGAAAGCAGGCCUCUGGUGCCCCUGGCUACUCAACAUUUGUCAGCAGGGAGAUGAGUAAAGCUGAGGCGCUUCUGAAGGUGAUCUUAUCUCCUGUUGAAUCUGUAGCUGAUACAUACCGUGCCCUUCUACCUGAAGGGACUCCUUCAGACUUCCAGCGGAUACUUGAGCUCAAGGGGCUGAAGAAGACGGACCAGCAAAUGAUACUAGACGAUUUCAACAAGCAUAGCUCUGGAAUCGCACAGCAGCCACCACCAGUUCCAACAGCAGUUUUGCCCACUUCUCCAGCUGUCAAUGUAUCAGUCACCGCUGCUGCCACCACCACCAUUGCUACCAGGGAGGAUGUGAUCACCCGUGCAGCAGCUCUUGGCAGGGGUGCAGCAACUACUGGCUUCAAGCGAUUUCUUGCCCUGACUGAGGCUGCAAAAGACCGCAAAGAUGGGCCUUUCCGUAAAUUGUUCAAUCAGUGAUCCAAAUUUGGAGACCACAACAUUUGUACAUAAUGUGUAUUUCUAUCGUCUUGAGCAGUCAAGUGUUAUGUCAUGCCUUACUAAAACACAUUUUUGUUGUGCCUCCUCCAUUCUUUAGCCAUGUAAAAAUUGAGUUAUGCCAGUGAUCGUCGUGCUGGUUCAUUCUUUUGAUUCUAUCUAUCGGCAGUAUUCUUUUCUUGA